AUGGCCGUCGCACGCUCAAUGCGACGUACAAGUCCUAUCAGCCUUGUGCUGGCAGCUUUGCUGGCAUUCGGCUUCAUUUGCUUUAUGUUAUCGCCCUCCACACCUUCCGCGGCGACUGCGACGCAGCUGAGCAUCCUCUCUCCCCCACCGACCAAGCCUUUCCUCAAAUCCCAGCCCGUUCGAAGUGAUGGCUACAAAGCCGCCCCUCCCGUCGUCCACUACGACCUGAACAACCUUACUAGCACAAGCAACUCUGCUAUGAACGGCGAGCGCAUCCUCAUCCUCACCCCACUAGCUCGCUUUUACCAAGAAUACUGGGAUAACCUUGAGAAAUUGAGCUACCCGCACGAAUUGAUCUCUCUCGGCUUUAUCGCACCGAAAACAAAGGACGGGAACACCGCUGUUUCCGCUCUGGAGAAAUCCAUCUCUCGUACGCAAUCCGGUCCCAUCGAUAAUCGCUUCGCUAGUAUCUCCAUCCUACGUCAAGAUUUCGAUCCACCACUCCAAUCGCAAGAUGAGAAGAUCCGCCAUAAAUUAUCCUCGCAGAAAGAACGCCGCGAGUCCAUGAGUCGCGCUCGGAACAGUCUGGUCUUCACUACUCUCGGACCAAGUACCUCAUGGGUUCUCUGGUUGGACGCUGAUAUUGUCGAGACGCCCGCGACUCUAAUCCAGGAUCUGACCCGACACAAUCAGCCAGUGAUCGUACCGAACUGCUUCCAGCGUUACUAUGAUUCCAGUGAGCGGAAAUGGGAUAUUCGUCCUUACGACUAUAAUUCCUGGGUAGAUAGUGAAGAGGCGCAGAGACUAGCGACUGAGAUGGGUCCGGAUGAUAUCCUGUUGGAGGGUUAUGCGGAACUUCCAACAUAUCGGACGCUUAUGGCCUAUUUACCGGAGUUCUCGGCUUUGGAUCCGCAUCGAAUGGUUGCCCUUGAUGGUGUGGGGGGUACGGCUUUGAUGGUUAAGGCGGAUGUUCAUCGUGAUGGUGCUAUGUUCCCUGCUUUUCCAUUUUACCAUCUUCUAGAAACAGAGGGAUUCGCUAAGAUGGCCCGACGUCUUGGAUAUGCGGUCUUUGGGCUACCGGAUUAUUUCGUUUAUCACUAUAACGAAUGA